UCGCUGCUUCCCGGCCAUGCGUGUAGAUGAGAAACAGUAGCAUACGUUUGGAACCAGCGACGAGGACCAGCCAGCUCGAUCAGCUCGGAAGGCAAGAUGGUAGCCCCUAGUAAAAUAUGGAAAGUUUGUUCGUGUUACGAGAUGUGCCAUUGCUGGAAUCCUUCCUGCAUCGGGGCAUCGUGGGACAUUGCAAAGGCCAGCUACAAAUUCUCGUUCCGGACGUAUGUCAUAUUUUAUACGAUUUCGACCCUCAUCUUUCAUAAAGGCAUCCCCGAUGUACGGAAGCUCAUAGUGGACAUCCUGCGCUCCACCAACUUUCUGGCCUCCAAUGCCAUCCUGUUCAUGUCAUCAAUAUGUGUCUUCAGGCGGUUACUUGGUCGUUUCUUCGCUUGGUUCGUUUGGGGGCCUGCGUGCGUAGCCUCAGGUAUAGCCAUUUCAAUGGAGAAGAAAAGUCGGAGGGCUCCGUUAGCGCUCUACAUGGUAACACUGGCUAUUGAGCUCUUGAUCAACAUCGUCUUAUCCAGAGGAUGGGUGAAACCGAUCAAAUAUGGGGAGGUCAUGCUGUUCAGUGUAUCAUCAGCAUUAGGACUCUUUCUGUUCAGAUACGGCAACGUGCUGAAGAAUGAUUCCCUCUCGGCAUUGAAAAUGCUAGUAGGAGCGCAAGAACUGCCAGUCGAGCUUCAGCCUGAUGAGGUACGACUGCCUAUCGCCAGCCAAGAAAAUGGUACCCAGCAUGAGGGCAUACAGAGAACGCAGCGGCCGACAUUUAUGUCAGCUCUCCAAGAGACGCUCAAGACCAAAUGCUUACAGUUUGUAGACAGGCUCAAGUCACUCCAGAAGCAUCGACUAUGCCAGCAUCAGUCCAGCUGCAUUUACUAUGUAUUACAGGCCUGUAUUCGCAAGUUUGCCGUAGGCUACGCCGUGCAGGCGGCCUUAAAUCUCCUGAGAGCUCUACCCAAGAUAGCAACCAGGCCCGGCCUUCUACUUCAAGCCUUCGUACGCCAAGACAACUUUGGCCUAGCGCUCUUUCUCAGUCUAUUUGUAGCAAUUUUCCGAAGCCUUAGUUGCCUUUUACGCUGGCUUAGAAACAAGGACAGCCCUCUGCAUGCAUUAAUAGCAGGCGGAGCAGCUGGCGUAUCUAGUAUCUUCUACCGUAGUACAGCCAUAUCUCUGUAUUUUGCUUCCAAGAUCCUCGAGAACCUUAUCGUCAAGGGUCAAGAGCGCGGCAUCGUCCCAGUCAUCCCCCGUGCCCCGUCCAUCCUGUUCGCAUUGUCGACGGCGACAGUUUUGCAUGCAGGAGCGUAUGAACCACACAACAUCCGGCCGGCCUACUGGAGCUUCCUGCUGAAUCUAACAGGACAGAGGUACGGCGAUAUGAACCGCAUGCUCAUCGCUCACCUGGGCACGGACUCCACCAGGAUCUACCCUGAUUGGCCCGUUUAUCCGGACCUCUCCAAGCUCAAGCUAGUUGACAAAGACGGACUGUGCGUUCAGUCCUUGCAACCCAAGAAACUCUGAUGUGACUUGUCGCCGACGGCAGAAAUUGAUUUUUUUUAAUUAUGUCUUCUCUCAAACAGAGGUCUCUAACCCUAACUCCUUGGCAUGAUUUACUAGGAGCCAUACCCAUCCUGGCAAAUUCCAACACCAUAUGGGGAACUGCACACACAUAUUUCUGACUUUGAUUCUGGAGGUGUGCCAACCCAAUGUAAAAGACUGUCAGUUUAGGGGUACUGUACCCAUUCUGACAGAUUCCAACAAAACGUGCCAUUUGGGUUUGAUGGGUUGAGUUCUGUUAUAACUUAAUGUAUGCAAAGAAUGUUCCAUAUCGUCUUUUUUUUUAAAUUAUGUUCAAUGCAAUCUAUAUGAAAACAUUUUGGGUCAUUUUAAAACAAGUUUUUCAAUAGAUAAUUGACUUACCAUUUUAUUUUGGUUGUUACAUUUCCACAGACAAUGUGAUCUUUUAUUUAUAAAAAAAGAUUUUGAUCCUUAUUUUAGAAAUAGCCCUGGGGGGGGGGGGGGGGGUGGUCUUCAAACACACACUUUUGGUGGGAAAGGGAAAACAAAAUCUAUUUAAAAGAUCGUCCGAGAGAAAGCUUUGGAAAGAAUUAAACGAGAUAAUGUUCUUGCCCAAUUAAUCUUUCAGCCACAAAGGAAUGAUGAGAAAAGAUAUGGUGAUGUGUGCUCAAUUGUAAAAUUAUAAAACUGACUUUUAUACUAAUGGAAGAUUUUUGACUUGCACAAAGAAAGCUUUUUGCCAAACCGUUUGUAUACAACUGGUAUUAGGCUAAUGUUUUUAUAACUUAUGUAUAAUAGUUCAACCAACUAUCAUGGUAAUAGGAAAAUUUCAUACUCGUAUGUUUAGAAAUGUACAUUUCUAUCAGAUGAACUCUUAAAUAUCUCUUAAAUAUUUAACACUUAAAUCACAACGAGUUCUCUGUCCCUUGUCACUCACUAGGAGCAAAAAGUGAUUAUUGGAAGACAUUUUCGAAAAUUGACACUGAAAUCAAGUGUGAUAUUGGCUCAUUUGACCAUCACAUCAAGACAUUUCAUUGCUUUAAUUUUAAGGUAACUGUAAUCGUGGUUAUAUUUUUGUGUGUGUUGAUUAAGAGGGGAGGUCACAGUAAUAUUUCAAUGCCUAUUGAAUAUUUAAGAGUUUAAUGUUUUCAUCAAUACAGAUCAAUGCAAUUUAUUCAUAAUGUUUAUUUUUCUUCUGUGAUUCAAUAAAAACAAAUUUGGUGGUGGCUUGUGCAACCUGGGGCCAAUUUCAAGGAAACUGGCUAAGCAUGGAAAAUAUUUGCUUAGCAAAAAUAGGUUACCGGUGAAAAUGUCUUGCCGGCAAUGUCUAUUGCUGGUGACUGGUGCUCCGCUGAUUUUUGCUUAGCGCAUAAAUUUGCUAAGCAGUAUUUUUUUCCUGCUAAGCGGAUACUUGAAAUUGGGUAAGAGUAAAAUGAACUGGAAGAGGCUGAUGUUUGGGACUGAUGAGGGUGAUCAAUUAUUUGCCUCUCAAAAAACUAGGGUUGGUUUAAGCUUUGUCUCUGGUGUUGUAUGAAAUUUAGACUCUGUGAAAUACGGACUCCUUGGUUGAAUUCAGGCAUGCAGCUUGUCCUCCGAUCCGCUGAUUUCCUCGUUUUUUACUUCUCAUGAAUGCCAUUACAAAUUGAAAAACACUACAAGGUCUUGUGUGGUUUGGAAUUUCCCCUCUUUUUUUAAUUGCAAGUUGCAUGCCUGUGUAUUGGCAUGCCUUACUGCAGAUAAAAUUUAGGACAGAGACAGGACAUGUGUGAGGGUUAAGAGUCCACAUGAGGUAAAAGAGUCCAGAUUUCACGUUGGUCUAAAUUCCAUACGACACCGGCUUUUAUUUGGCCUUGUCUUUGACUCCAGAUUCAUUGUUCAAAACUUUUAAAAUUAUUUUUUUUAUUGUGGAAAAAAGAUUGUGAAUAAAAGAUGGAAUGCCAACAUAA